CGGUGGUUCAACCUUAAUGUUAUGAAGCAACGAGAAUACUUUUUGUACUUGAUGGGCGAUUUCAAAACACCGCUUCAUGAAGCUUCAAAGCUUUAUGAAUCAUUGGUUUCAAAUGAACCACUGAAAUUAAAAAACAUUUCGAAACACUUAUCAUGUAACGAAGCCUCGUUUACUGAAAUCACCUGACUUUGGCAGUUUGAUACACGCUCCGAACCACUGAUUCGAAACAAAAGAUUUGUAAAGCUUCGAAGCUUCAUGAAGCAGUGUUUUGAAAUCACCCAUCACUAGAUAUUGUUGAAUGAAGUUGUUAUUUUGUUUUUUUGGCACACAAAAAAUAUUUUCGUCACUUCAUAACAUUAAGGUUGAACCACUGUAGUCACAUGAACUGUUUUAAAUAUGUCUUUAGUAGCUUUCUUGGCAUUUGAAAGUGUUUAUUAUCUUGCUGUCAAUGGAGGCCUCACUGAGCCAUCAGAUUUUAUCAAAAAUAUCCUAAUUUGCGUUCCGAAGAUGAACGAAGGUCUUACGGGUUUGGAACGACAUGAGGUAACAGCCAUGACUUCCUUCAGCUCAUCACUCUCUGAUGAGCUGCUCCAGUGCCAUAUAUGUCUGGAGGUGCUCAUUGACCCAGUCACCACUUCAUGCGGACACAACUUCUGUAUCAGCUGUAUCGAGGCAUGCUGGGAAAGUGGACAAGGCUUUCUGUGCCCUUUCUGUAAGGAAGAGUUUGAAAGUAAACCAGAAUUGAAGAUAAAUGCAGCAUUUAAAAAGGUUGUUGACCGUUUCAAUGUGCAUCGACGGCCAAAGAAACUUCAACACCAAACAAAACAUUUUCAACAACUUUUAUGUGAUGUCUGCUCUGAAAACAAGCAAAGGGCAGUAAAGUCUUGUUUGCAUUGUGUAACAUCUUUCUGCAAGAUUCACCUUGAUACUCACAAAACUGCACCAAGGCUCAUAAGGCACAAACUGAUCAACCCCGUGGAGAACCUGGAAGAUUAUAUCUGCGGGAAACAUGAUAAACCACUGGAGAUGUUCUGCAGAGAUGACCAGACCUGUCUAUGUCUGUUUUGCACUGAAACAGUACAUAAGACUCAUAAUGCUGUUCCUAUAGAGGAAGAAAGUGAACACAGGAAGGUUCAACUGGAAAAGACACAGGCAGAAAUCAAGGUGAUGAUCCAGGACAGAAAUAAGAAGAUUAAGGAGACAAAAAACUUAGUGAAGUCCAAAAAGAGCACCACAGAGAGAAAUAAAGCAAAUAAAGUUGAGCUGUUCGCUGAUCUGAUCCACUCCAUUGAGAGAUGUCAGAAUGAGCUGCUGGAGGUGAUGGAGCAGAAGCAGAAAGCAGCAGAGACACAGGCCGAAGAGCUCAUUAAAGAGUUAGAGCAGGAGAUCACUGAGCUGAAGAGGAGAGACACUGAGCUGGAGCAGCUCUUACACACUGAGGAUCACUUACACCUCCUACAGGUUUACUCAUCUAUGUGCAGCCCUCCACAAGUCAAGACCCGGACGAACAUCAACAUUAACAUAGAUCUACUGAACACAGAAACUCUAGAGAAAGCCCUUACUUGCCUCAAGAAAAAAGUCAACAAGGAACUGAAAAAAAUCCAUGAGAUCACUCAACUUUCUGUUAUUCAAGGAUUCAACUUCAUUCUACCAACAUCACAACCUUCAGCCAAUAGGAUAUUUGUAUUUGGCAGCACUAACACAGAUUCCGUUACCUCAAGUCCUUUAUGGGUACCUAAAAGUUCUUUAGUGACUGAAAAAAAGAAUGAGACUGUGAAUUUGAGAACACAGCACAGCACCCUGACAGAGAUUUCAAAAAUCAAAACAAGCAAAGUUCAGACAGAGGGCAAAAUCUACUUUACUCUGGGUAAAACAGACUGCAGCACUCCCUCAACGAAGAGAGUGGGAAUGAUUAAUGAACAAGUGAAGGUCUCACGCUUCGGUGUGGGUACUUCUCCAUUAGCAGAUCUGAGCUCAAUACAGAAACUUUACGAAGUGUAUGUGAUUUUGGAUCCUGACACAGCUUACCCUAAACUCAUCCUGUCUAAAGACAGGAAACAAGUGAGGCAUGGUGGAACCUGGACAGAUGUUCCCAAUAACCCUGAGAGAUUUGACUCCUUUGCCUGUGUCUUGGGAAAGGAUGGGUUUUCCUGUGGGAGGUUUUACUUUGAGGUCCAAGUCAGUGAUAAGACUGAAUGGGAUUUAGGUAUGGCUAGAGAGUCCAUUAGGAGAAAGGGGAAAAUAAGAGUGUGCCCAGAGAAUGGGUUUUGGUGUAUAUGGCUAAGGAAUGGCUGUGAAUAUAUGGCUAAUGAAUCCUGUCCUGUUCCCCUUUCCCUGAAAGACAAGCCCCAGAAGGUGGGGCUGUUUGUGGAUUAUGAGGAGGGUCUGGUCUCCUUCUACAAUGUGGAGACCAAGGCUCUUAUCUACUCUUUCACUGGUCUGUCUUUUACUGAGAGAAUCUAUCCAUUUUUCAGCCCUUGCAACACAAGAGGUGAUACGAACUCAAAGCCUCUGAUUAUCUCUACUGUUAAUAAGUCUAAUUAUUAGGGAUGCACCGAUACUCGUGGAAGCUCGUGUACUUGUAGCUACUCGUACUCGUAAAAAUACCCCCGAUACCAAAGACCGAUACCUCGCGUGACGUAACUGACAGAAUUUUCCAUGCACAGAGACACUGACGGCAUCUUUCAUAGGCAAGCUCUGUUAUCCUGGUUACUGGCGUAAUAAACACAAUUUCUCUCCCCACAGAUGUUUGAUAUGGAAUAAUAAAGAUAUUAAAUACAAGAAUACAACACUUUUUUUCAAUAUUGGUUUAGAAACAACAUUUUAUUGGUGACACAGUUGUUUCGCCAUGAUGGUCACUUACUUUCAUAUGGAGAAUUUCUAAAUAAAUUCAAACUUCCUAUAUCUGCAAAGGAUUAUGCAGUUGUUUUUGAUGCUAUACCUUCUGGUCUCCUUCAGCUGUUGCGAGGUGCUAAUGCUGUUGAUUUGGAUGCAACUAUUGAUUUUAAUUUAAGGUUAGGUGGUAUAAGUAUUGUUGAUAAAAAAUGCAACAAUAAAUUCCUUAGACAGAUUUGUCAUUCACUUAGGAUACCCCCAGCUAAAAGCUUUUGGAAUUCAUUAAGUGGGAGAAGGCUUUUUUAGUUUCCAGGAGAUACUGUGUCACCAAUAAGAUUCAUGAGGUUUCAUUUAAAAUUAUUCAUUGUAUUUACCCAGUUAAUCAGGUUAUAAAAAGAUUUAAGAAAGAUAUUGAUUUGAAAUGUCUGUUUUGUAAUUUGAAUGAUGAGACUAUUUAUCAUCUUUUUUUUUAUUUCAGUGUAUUUGCACUAAAUUGUUCUUUUGUGAUUUUGAGGUCUUUUUUAAGGAGAUCUCUGGAACUGACAUUAAUCUGAAGGACAAAAAUAUUUUAUUUUUUUAUGAUAAGCCUUUAGAAAAGAAAAUUUGUUUUGUUCUUAAUUUGUUUAUUAUUUUAGGGAAAUAUCACAUUCAUAAAUGUCGAUGGGCAAAAAAUACACCUAGUUUAAUACAAUUUAAAUUUGAGCUUUGUCAUUAUCUUAAGUCAUCGGAGGGUGUAAGGAACAGCAAAGCAAAAAAGACUAUAAACUGUUGUAAGGCCUUGAAAUUCUAUCCUUUUUAAAAAUCUUUGUAUUUAUUUUGUAAUUAGAGCUAUGGAUUUGAUUUCAAUACCCCUGUGUAUAUAGUUAUUUAUCUUUGUAUUAUCUGUCUUUAAUUUAUUAUUAUUAUUAUUAUUUUUUAUUAUUUUUAUUUUUAUUUUUUUUGGUACUAUUGUUAUUUUUGUUUUGUAAUGUAUGUUUUUUACUGAUUUUCUUGCUGCUGCUGUUAUUAUUAUUAUUAUUAUUUUGUAUUAUUGUAAUUUUUAUUUGUUUUGGGGGUUUUUUUUGCUUGUUUGUUUGUUUAUUUGUUUUUUGUUUUGUUACUGAAUAAAGCAUUUAAAAAAGUGAGAGACACCGACGGCAGCAGCAGAAACAAUGUCAGCCUCAGGGUUGUGGAAAUACUUCAAAAUUAAUGAUGACAACCCACACAUUGAGAACUGCAUGCUUUCAAUCACAAUUCGUUAUCGAUUAGUGAACGCGGGAUAGGCGGAAUCGCGCUAAAUGACACAGACCAGACGCGCUCUCUCGCGCGCGCGUGCGAUCCCAGUUCUCUCAGACAGCGCGCGAUCAGUUCUCCUCGCGCCUGAAUGGUCAAAUGCAUAGUUGUCAAAAUGUCCAUCAUGUGGAGUAUCUCACGUAAAUACAGUCGGUUAUGGCUUAAGUCGACGUAAACAUUUGGGUGAAAACAGGAUAUGUGUCAGUAUCCAUGGAUUCGGUCUUAAAGGGACCGUAGCCUAUAUUUGUCAUUAAUGUUAAUAAAACAACAAAAGAUGUUAAAUAAAGGUAUACAUGGUAAAUAAACCUACUGUAUCUGAAAAAAAAAGUUUAUUUAAUUUGUAUCUCUAUAGUAUUUGUUGUAUUGUUUGUAAAUUUUUUUCCCCGAAAAGGCAUAAAAAUCUGUAUGUAUUUGUUAACUGUUAGUUGUAAUAAGUGUUUUGAGUAAUUCGCUGUAUGUUGAUGAUAAUGCAACAGAGAGAGAGAGUUUAAUGCGCACUUCUUGUGCUCUGUAAUGUUUAGCUUUUGUGGUGAUUUGUUUGGAGUGAAAACGGACGCAAUAAACUUAAUAAAACAUCGGUAAAGGUUUGGUCAUUAUUCGGAUAGGGUCUGCUACACUUAUGAAAGUUACAGAAGUUAUUUAGUCAAGAAUAGUGUGUGAUUUUUUGUUAUUUGAUUAACAUUAAGCGCAGACAGCUCAGUGCCUUCACGCAGUUAAUUAAUAAACCAUCGGUUUGUCAUAUCAGCCUUUUUCCUCCUACAGCCGAUAUGCCUAUGGUUGUAAAUUGAGCAAAAAUCGGCCGAUAAAUAUCGGCGGCCGAUACAUCGGUGCAUCCCUAAUUUUUAGUAAUAAUAAAGAAGCUGUCUUACAUUCAUUAGUCUCACUGUGCUUGGAAAACUGCAACAUCACCAAAAAAAAAAAAAAAAAAGAGAGAGAGAGAGAGAGAGAGAGAGAGAGAGAGA